UGGGGGGGAAGUCGGUCCCGGAGCUGGGCUCCGCCUCCCCCCCCUUCGCUUCGUCUACUUUGGUUCGGUUGGCUCGCCUAGGUGCUCGUGUGCGCAGGCGCGGCGGCGGCUGGGCUCGGUCUGGAGGGAGAGGAGAAGGGGAUCUUCGAGACAGGGAGGGCGGCGCGGGCGGGACCAUGGCGGGCAGCGGCGGCGGCGCUGGACUCGGUGGGGCUGGCGAGACGAAGGUGAUUUACCAUCUGGACGAGGAGGAGACCCCGUACUUGGUCAAGAUCCCGGUCCCGGCCGAGCGCAUCACCUUGGGAGACUUUAAGAGCGUUCUGCAGCGCCCCGCUGGGGCCAAGUACUACUUCAAGUCAAUGGACCAGGAUUUCGGAGUGGUGAAAGAGGAGAUUUCAGAUGACAACGCCCGAUUGCCCUGCUUCAAUGGGAGGGUAGUCUCUUGGCUUGUAUCCUCAGAUAACCCUCAGCCAGAGAACACCCCCCCAGCUCCUGAGCCUCAAGCCGAACCCUCAUCUCCACCCCCACCACUGCCUCCCCUCCCCCCUGAGAGGACUAGUGGCAUUGGGGACUCAAGGCCUCCAUCUUUCCACCCUAAUGUAUCUAGCAGCCGAGAAAACCUAGAGCCUGAGACAGAAACAGAAUCAGUGAUAUCACUGAGACGGGAUCGAUCUAGGAGGAGAGAGAGCAUCGAUCAUGUUGGUGGUGGUGGCCACCGACCUAAUGGUUCUUCCCGCUUGGAGCGACACCUAGCUGGUUAUGAGAGCUCCUCUACUCUCCUAACUAGUGAACUAGAGAACACCAGCCUGGGAGAUUCAGAUGAGGAUGAUACCAUGAGCAGGUUCAGUAGCUCCACAGAGCAGAGCAGUGCCUCCCGACUCUUAAAGAGACACCGUCGGAGGAGAAAACAGCGGCCACCUCGACUAGAGAGGACCUCAUCCUUCAGCAGUGUAACAGAUUCCACCAUGUCUCUCAACAUCAUCACAGUCACGCUCAACAUGGAGAAGUACAAUUUCCUGGGCAUCUCCAUUGUGGGCCAAAGCAAUGAGCGUGGCGAUGGUGGCAUCUACAUCGGCUCCAUCAUGAAGGGUGGUGCUGUGGCUGCAGAUGGGCGAAUUGAACCAGGGGACAUGCUGCUGCAGGUGUGCAUCAUCACAGAGAUUUUCCCCCUUUCUUGGGCCUUUAGCCUCUCUUUCACCUUGAUUCUCUUUAUUCCCCAGGUGAAUGACAUGAACUUUGAGAACAUGAGUAAUGAUGAUGCUGUACGGGUGCUGAGAGAGAUUGUGCACAAGCCUGGCCCCAUCGUGUUGACUGUGGCUAAAUGCUGGGAUCCGUCCCCUCAGGCCUACUUCACACUCCCAAGAAAUGAACCAAUCCAGCCUAUUGACCCUGCAGCUUGGGUCUCCCAUUCAGCAGCACUCACUGGUGCCUUCCCUGCCUACCCAGGCUCUUCUUCUAUGAGCACCAUUACUUCAGGCUCUUCCCUGCCUGAUGGUUGUGAAGAACGUAGCCUCUCUAUACACACAGACAUGGCAUCUGUAACCAAGGCGAUGGCAGCACCUGAGUCUGGACUGGAAGUCCGGGACAGAAUGUGGCUUAAGAUAACCAUUCCUAAUGCCUUUCUGGGCUCAGAUGUAGUGGACUGGCUUUACCACCAUGUGGAAGGGUUCCCUGAACGUCGGGAGGCAAGGAAAUAUGCCAGUGGGUUGCUCAAAGCAGGCCUCAUCCGGCAUACUGUCAACAAGAUCACCUUUUCUGAACAGUGUUACUAUGUCUUUGGGGACCUCAGUGGAGGCUGUGAAAGCUACCUUGUGAACCUCUCUCUGAAUGAUAAUGAUGGAUCAAGUGGAGCUUCUGACCAGGACACACUGGCUCCCCUGCCUGGGGCCACACCAUGGCCCCUGCUGCCUACUUUCUCCUACCAGUAUCCAGCCCCACAUCCCUACAGCCCCCAGCCUCCCCCUUAUCAUGAGCUUUCAUCCUACAGCUAUGGAGGAGGGGGCAGUGCUGGCAGCCAGCAUAGUGAAGGAAGCCGGAGCAGUGGAUCUACAAGAAGUGAUGGGGGUGUAGGACGUACUGGGAGGCCAGAAGAUCGAGGUCCGGAAUCCAAAUCAGGCAGUGGUAGUGAAUCAGAGCCAUCAAGCCGUGGUGGCAGCCUUCACUGGGGUGGGGAUUCUGGUGAUGCCACCCCUCCUCCACCCAGGGGACUAGGUGGGGGUGGCAGCAGCCUUCGUUCUCAUCCUAAUCUCCAUCCCUAUGGGCCGCCUCCAGGUGUGGCACUACCAUAUAACCCCAUGAUGGUAGUUAUGAUGCCACCUCCACCACCCCCAGCAGUUCAGCCCCCUGGAGCACCUCCUGUUCGAGACCUGGGUUCUGUACCACCUGAGCUAACUGCCAGCCGACAGAGCUUCCACCUGGCCAUGGGCAACCCUAGUGAGUUUUUUGUGGAUGUCAUGUAAGAUGUUACCUAUCCAUUUGACCAGUUUUUCUUGUACUAUCUGUGUCUUGAUGUUAAUUCUUAGCAUGUGAGUAGCCCUUCUCCCUCACAUUUCUGUAGCCAAGACUCAGUUUUGCUACUGGACACCAUCAAGUCCAACAUGUUUUUUGUGAUUUAACUAAGGAGUUGCUACUACCAACAGUGCCUGAUCUGACCCAAAGUUACAGGAUUUUAUAUAAUAAACUUUUUUUUGGGGGGGGGAGAUACAUUUUUCUUAUACUUUUUGAUACUUUAAAAAGAUAUUUUUCUGAAAUGAAGUAGCCCUAUGACAAUCCCUUCCCAUCCUCUUUGUCUUUCUUGCCCAAAUGGUUGGGGAGUAAGGAAAGGGUUGGGAUAUUGGGGGACCAUAUCUCCACAUGCCUUUAGAAUUUAAGAGCCCCAAGCUAGGGCUCCAUAGCUGCCUAUAUUGCUAUUUAUUUUAGACUUUUGUGUAAAAAAAACCCUAAAUAAAGCAAUAGAAGGGAA